CCUUCAUUUGCAUAGUAAAAUAAAAACAGUGAUAAUUUUAUUUUAUUGGCAUAAGAAUGUCAAGGAAUGACAGAUUUAGGUUAUAUCCGGGAUGAAUUUAAAAAUAAUUCAAUUAAAAUUAGACCAUGAAUACUCGUAAAAGAAGUUAAAAAAGAAAUUGAAAUGGCUUUACUCGGCGCACAAUUAGUUAUUACCCUUAUUAUGGUAUCAGUUAUACAAAAAUUCAGCAAGUAUUCGUUUGCUCGAUGGUUAUUAUGUUCCCAAGGAUUGUAUCGGUAUUUAUAUCCUGAUAACAAUGAAUUAAAAACACUAGCUGGUGUUCCAAAGGAUAAGCCAAAGGGCAAAAAAACUGGAAAAUCGGAGAAUGGGAAGCCAGAGACUUUUCAUGUGCCUCGUAGCUUGGAGCUACAGCUCGAGACUGCACCCGUUACUGCUUUAGAUGUUAUUCAUUUGAGGUUUUAUGCUGAGUACUUGUGGAUUGUUGAUUUUUCGUUAUAUACAAGUAUUGUUUAUAUCUUGUCAGAGAUUUACACAGGUAUAUUCCCGCUUAAGGAUGAGUUCAAUCUAAGUAUGGUUUGGUGCCUACUUGUGGUGCUAUUUACAUUUAAAAUCUUACUGUCGCUGACAAAGCAGUACUUCACAAGUGAAGAAUCUAUAGGAGAGAGGUCUACAUGCAUUGUGGCAUUCUGCGUCUUCCUGCUGAUAGCUAUGAUGGUGUUAAUUGUUGACGAAUCUAAUCUCGAAGUAGGAGUGGAUCCAGCGUAUGAUAGUUUUUAUGAAAAUGCAUCUAAAUUUCUUGAGAAUCAGGGAUUAUCAUCUGUGGGGCCGGCUUCUAAACUCAUAUUAAAGUUGUCUCUGGCUGUGUGGGCUGCCAUAAUUGGUACACUGUUCACUUUCCCUGGACUGAGGGUUGCCAGGAUGCAUUGGGAUUCAUUGAGAUACUAUGAUGAUAAUAAAUUCAAAGUGUUACUUUUGAAUAUAAACUUUGCGAUGCCAUUUGUGCUGGUCUUGUUGUGGGUCCGUCCUAUAACUAGACAUUAUUUAACUGUUAGAGUGUUCAGUGGAAUGACAACACCACUUAUGACAUCCCAAGCAUUUGACACACUCCGACUGUUGCUGGUUGUGGUGACAGUGGUGAUCAAGUUAAUGCUGAUGCCGCGACAGCUGCAGGCAUACCUCGACAUGGCGCAGAGGAAACUCGACUCACAGAAGAAGGAAGCUGGUCGAAUUACAAACAUUGAGUUGCAGAAGAAGAUAGCUUCAGUAUUUUACUACCUUUGUGUGGUGGCGCUGCAGUACAUAUGUCCUAUCAUACUGUGCCUGUUCCUCACGCUGAUGUACAAGACUCUAGGUGGUUACACAUGGACAGGUCUGAUCUAUGACACUGAGCCAGAAGUCAGGACACCUAGGUCAGUGCCUAGUGCACUGGAUGUGGAGGGCUUCGAACAGUAUCAGAUGGCGUGGGAGAAUCUUAAGAUGAUAUUCACAGUGGAGGUACACCGCGGGCUGCUGGGGUUCGCGACCUGGUGGUGCUGCUUCUCUUGGUUCCUCACCACAUCACUGGGUACCAUGUACCAGUCUUACUUCAGAAUUUCAUGAACAUAGUAUAGUUAACUAACACGUUUAAUGCCACGAUUUCUAAGUAUUAAAAGAAUUCUGGAAUCAAUGGCAGUGAAAGUGUUAUUUCUAUAAUGUGGUAUAGACGUUGUCAUAUAUAUUAGCGGCUUAGACUUACACGCAGCUGACUGAGCCUCUAAGAUAUUUGAAAAGAUGUAUACAAUGAAAUUUUAUUAUCAUGAUACUUGUUUUGACAAAU